CCCCCGACAGACCCAGCGUCUGAGUGUCAUGGCGUCUUCCUUGAAGGGGGCUGGGUCCACUGCUGAAUAACAAGAGAUUUUUUGCGUUUCUCCGAUUGAAACGUCGCUUCAACAUAUUUUCAGGACAUAUUUAUUGCAACGAACGAUCCAGCAUGGGGACUGUACAUGCCAGGAGUUUGGACCCGCUGCCAAUGCAGGGACGCGACUUAGGCGUCAACCACGACGAUAUGGAGGGCAUGGAACCAGAACAGGACACGAAACAAGAAAUUCUGGAGAACAGAAACGUUGUUGUUCAGCAUGUCAACAUUGAGGGUUUAGGCCGAACAAAGGAGGACUACCUGGGGUACGAGAUCGCCGAAGUCUUCGAUGCCAAGAACUUGAUAGACGUGAUGAAGAAGUCCCAUGAUGCCAGAAUGAAACUGCUCCGCCUGGGCAUCUUUAAGGAGGUGGAGGUGCUCAUUGAUGUCUCUGAAGGCGCUGAUGCCCUGCCCAACGGUCUAGACGUCACCUUUGAGGUGACUGAACUUAAAAGGCUGACUGGCAGUUACAACACAAUGGUUGGAAACAACGAGGGCAGCAUGGUGCUGGGUCUGAAGCUGCCCAAUGCUCUUGGCCGUGGAGAAAAAGCGACCUUCCAGUUCUCAUAUGGCACAAAGGAGACCUCCUAUGGCCUGUCCUUUUUUAAGCCCCAGCCAGGCCAUUUUGAACGCAACUUUACUCUGAAUCUCUAUAAAGUGACUGGCCAGUUCCCUUGGAGUUCCCUGAAGGAAACCGACCGAGGAGUCUCCACAGAAUUAAACUUCCCCCUGUGGAUGACCACACACACGCUGAAGUGGGAGGGCGUCUGGAGAGAGCUGGGCUGUCUGGCCCGCAGUGCCUCGUUCGCUGUGCGGGAGGAGAGUGGACACUCGCUCAAGUCCUCUCUCUCGCACACAAUGGCCAUAGACACCAGGAACUCUGCUAUCCUACCCAGGAGAGGUGCCUUACUGCGGCUCAACCAGGAGCUGGCAGGCUACACAGGUGGGGACGCCAGCUUCCUGAAGGAGGACUUGGAGCUGCAGCUGAACAGACCCUUCCUCUUCGGAUCGGUCCUUUCUGCCUCUCUCUGGGGAGGGAUGCUUAUGCCUAUUGGGGGAAAGCCGUCCUCUAUCGCCGACAGGUUUUAUCUGGGUGGUCCAACCAGUGUGAGAGGCUUUGGAAUGUACAGCAUUGGCCCUCAGAGUGAAGGUGAUUAUUUGGGCGGAGAGGCCUACUGGGCUGGCGGGCUGCACCUGUACACCCCUCUGCCCUUCCGUCCUGGCCGGGGCGGCUUCGGGGACCUCUUCAGAACACACUUCUUCCUCAACGCUGGAAACCUCUGCAACCUCAACUAUGGUGAGGGACCGCGGGCUCACCUGCAGAAGCUGGCCGAAUGCAUCCGCUGGUCCUACGGAGCGGGCAUCGUGCUCCGACUGGGCAACAUCGCACGCCUGGAGCUCAACUACUGCAUUCCCAUGGGGGUCCAGAACGGCGACAGGAUAUGUGAUGGUGUGCAGUUUGGUGCUGGAAUCCGUUUCCUCUAAAAACCCUCCUAUCUGUCGUGGCCCUGGUCCUGCCUCAGAGAAUCCUGGGAGAGCCUGAGAAGGAGUAUGUGACCUUUGACCUGUUCUAGUGAGAAACCCUCACCAAAGGAAGCCCCCAGCAUGCACACACACUCCUGGGGUGUGCCCCCCCCCCCCCCCCCCCCAUCCACCUUUUUUUAAUCUAGUCCAUUGAAACGAGCCUGUGAGAUUUCUGCCAUAUUUGACUUCUGUUGUACCUGUGCAUAUCAUUGGCUUAAGAAGGUAAAGGUAGAUGUAUUCAUGUAUUUGAAUUUGACAAGUGUAUGUUGUGUACAGCUUGGAAAUCUGACAGAACUUGCUUGUAUGGAUGUAUCUGGGAGUUCCUGAAGUGGCUUGACAAGUUUUGUUGACAUUUACCUAGACAUUCUUGGCAACUUUUUUUUUUUCUUUCUUUUUGCAUAUACAUGAAAUGGUACCUUGAAAACAGGAGUUUUUAUAAGCAGUUCUGUUCUGUGCAUCAAGAUGUUGCACUCUUUGAACAACGGAUCAGAACAGAGGCAAAGACCAGUUAAUCUCGCACUCCUUCAGUCAACAGACGGUUGUUAAGCUGUGGCUCUGUGUUUUUGUGUGUGCUCUUUCACUCCCAUUUCUCCUCCCCUGAUGUUUGUGUUGAAGCUGGCCUAUGUAUCCCCUGGGCAUUACCACAUACCUUCUUUCCUCAACGGACACUACACCGCCUCAGUCUUUUAGGCCAGAACGCUAAAAUGGUAGAAAGUUACGGGACCAUCGUUUCCCACUCCUCCAAUAACAGUUGUUUCAUUUUGCCCUCCCCUCCCCCCCCUGUCCCCCACACCACUGACCUCAAGUACCACUAGGAAGAGUAGUUACAACACCUCAACUACAGUCUAAACACACGGCCGUUGUUGAUCAAGUCCCUGUUAACGGCACCUUUUUCGAAGCAGUAGUCGUAAGUUUCAAUAUUAAAGCACCUUUUUUUUUUUUUUUUGAAGUGUCAUUCAGCAGUGAGUGUGCAGAGUCGUCCGUAACUCCUGCACCUCAUGUCAAAUCCAUAUGACGAGUCUACGCGGAUUCUCCUAUAGGUUGAGCUCAAAGGAGGGGGGUCAGAGGUCAUCUCCAUGGCAACCCUCUGCGGGCUGGGCGUGAAUGCUAUGAGUGUAAUCCACCAGCAGUGCUCUUACUGUUAGUCCUCUUCAAGAUUUCACGUCAGAAUUGUUAAUUAUGCACAGAAAUAAAAUCACUUUUUGGUCCCCCA